AUGUUGGAAUUUAUCCCUUUCGAACUAUUUUAUUCAAUUGUUCAUGAACUUGAUGAACAAGCUUUACGUAAUUUAGAAAGGGUUUCACGUUAUUAUAAUAUUUUAACUUCAGACAAUGGAGUUUGGAGUCAAAAGGCUUUAAAACGUUGGGAAAAUAAAAAGGGAAUGAGUAAAGUAUGCGAUGAGAAUCGCAAAUUUUGGUUUGAAAGCCCUGGUGCCUGGAAACGUGUUUAUAAAUUCGUUGAGAAAGAAGCAACGCGAACUUCAUUGGACGUGAAUGACUUGGUUGAAAAUAUUUGGUUCUGUACGCCUAUUGAUAAUCCUUGGGCCAAGGAUACGUCAAUAACAUUCUAUCGAGACGGCACCUACAUUCAUCAUCAUGAAUUUUUUAAUGCGUCUUUUUCGUGGUCCAUUGCUGAAGAUGGAUCUAUACGUUUGAACCAAAAACUUUUUAAACUGACCAGGUGUUCUAAUUGGAAUUUAAAAAUCUCAAGUGGCAAUUUGGUUUUUAAAUCAUCCGGCGCUGAAAGUUUUAAAAGAAAAUUAAGAGAAGCUGACUUGAUCCCGAGAAAUGAUAAUUGA